CAGUUUGAUUUGGUGUGCGAGACUGCAGUCUACCCGAGUAUUGUUAACUCCUUGAUCUUCCUAACCAUGCUGUUUGGUGCUGCUAUUGGGAGCGUUCUAGGAGACAAGUUUGGACGAAAGACUGUAGGGUUUCCAUGCCUAGUUUUCCUUUGUCUCUGUGGAUUGAUAUCAGCUUUUGCAGGAAAAUACUGGGUGUUCGCCGUAUUUAGAACUCUUAUGGGAUUCGGUGUAGGUGGCACGAUUACCUGUUUGUAUAUACUUCUUCUGGAAUUCGUUGGUCCUGCAUAUCGUGCCAAGGUGGGUGGAGGUGUGAAUUAUGCCUGGACGUCAUCUGUCGCCACACUUGCGUUGCUUGGUUACUUAAUUCGAAGUUGGCGCACAUUGACUAUCGUUGUCAGUGCACCUGGUUUGAUUUUUUGGGUUUUCUGGUGGUUCACCCCAGAGUCCCUUCGAUGGUUGGUUCGAAUCCACCCGGUCCUUCCACGUGCCAUCAUGGGUAUCUUCCCUAUUAUAUGUGGAUUGCUAUUUUUCUUGUUGCCAGAAACGUACCAGAAACCCAUGCCUGAUAUCUUGCAACAAGUUGAAUCCAAUAAGGACGACAGCACUGAUACUGGUUUACUUAAAGACGAAGAUAAUAACGUUAAGGAACCAGCAUUCAACGAGAACAAUGUCUUAUACACGACUAACAUGUAA